ACAGACAGACAGGUGGGGCUCCGGAUCCGACCCUCCGCUCCUCAGUCCCGUCCAGACAAGGUGAGCGAGCGAAGAGGGAGCCCCAGAGACCCCCGCCCAGAUGGAGAAGGACCCAGAGCAGCCCUGCAAACACAAAGAUGCAGAAUGUGUGCACGAGACCCUCUCAACUUGGCACGCUUUGGUACGCUUUGGCAUCCCUGUGGCGGUAUCCGUCUUCGGCUUCGCUGCCCUCCUGGCGCUCGGCUUCCUCAUCAAGGCAGCCCUGGGGUCCUACUACUUCUUCUGCAGCCAGAGCUUCCACUUCGUGCCCCUGUCCCUCCUGUGUGACGGGCAGGCUGACUGCACCUGGGGGGAAGAUGAAGGGGUCUGCGUGGAGCCGGUGCCAGAGGGAAGCCCCCCAGGAGUGCGCCUCGCCCAGGAAGGGUCCGGCCUUCAGGUGCGGAGCCAGGAGAGUGGGGCCUGGGCCUGGGCCUGCCGCCACGGCUUUGACGCAACCAUGGCCCAGGCUGCCUGCGCCCAGAUGGGAUACAGCAGCAUCCCUUCCUUCGGUGAUGUGGCCGUAAGGGAGGACCAGGAGGUGACCCUCCGGGAUGUGGCCCUACAGGGUGGAGAGCUGCGCUGGAGUGACUCCGGAAGGAGAUGCCCCUCUGGCCUGGCCGUGGCCCUCACCUGCUCCAGUUGUGGCCUGGCUCUGGGGGCUCCGCGUGUCGUGGGUGGGGCCCCUGCUUCUAUCCGGUCGUGGCCCUGGCAAGCCAGCCUGCAGCACAAGGGAAAGCACAUCUGUGGAGGGAGCCUCAUUGCACCUCGCUGGGUCCUGACGGCGGCACACUGCUUCAGGUACCACCCCGUGACAGAGGAGUGGCAGGUGAAGGGGGGCUCCGAGACCCUCCUAAAGGCCACAGCGGUCCCCGUGGAGAGGAUCUUUGUCAUGGAGGCCCAGGACGCACUCCCCAAAGACAAGGACAUCGCCCUGGUCAAGCUGCAAAGGCCCCUGAGUGGACCAGAUCCAGUGGUGCCUAUUUGCCUGCCCUUCUUUGACGAAGAGAUCGUCCCAGGGACCUCCUUGUGGGUCACAGGCUGGGGCUUCACUAAGCAGGGCGGGAAGCUUUCCAAGGGUUUGCAGCAGGCGCAAGUGGAGCUGAUGGACAGGGAGGCCUGCAACAGAGCGGAGGGCUACCAGGGUGAAGUGACCGACAGGAUGCUCUGCGCAGGCCGCCCAGAGGGCAAGGCGGACACCUGCCAGGGAGAUAGUGGAGGGCCCCUGAUGCACGAGUGGCAAGGGCAGUGGCACCUGCUGGGCGUGGUCAGCUGGGGACGAGGCUGUGGCAGCCCCGGCGCUCCCGGCAUCUACACCAAGGUGCAGGCCUACCUCGGCUGGAUCUACACCAUCCUCGGGUCUGAAUCCUGAAUUUCGUCCUGUUCCUCGCCAAGAGGCUGUGCUUUCCGAUGAGACAAAGCAGGACCCAUUUGCAAGCGGAACACUGAAUUCCAUUGGGACUCUCCCACUCUGCCAGCUGUGCCCUGUUUCUUUCCUGGCCCAUUUGCAAGACAAGCGGCUCCACCGGCUCCCCUGAGGUUGUUCCCAAACAAAGGCCUGACAGGAUGGUCCAGAAGGAAGAGUUCUCUGCUGGACACUGACCGCAGCAUCCCUGCCUUGGCCUUUGCCAAAGCCUUCCUCUGCGCCCUCCCAGGACUUGGCCCUCCUGGCUCUUUGAAGGGCACCCACUCAUGGCCAUGACUUGUAUGUCUUUGGAGGAUGCCCACCUCUCUGCCAGGAAUAACCCAAGGCCAUCCUUUCCCUGUCUGUCCCUGUGCCAAGAUCUGGGUUCCGUCUGGGGCUUGGUUUUUAAAUCUUUGUGUGUUAUUGUUUAUAUGUGAUUUAUACUAAUUGUAAUGUGUCCAGAGGAGGGCGACUAAAAUGAUCAAGGGUCUGGAAAACAAGCCCUAUGAGGAGCGGCUUAGGGAACUGGGCAUGUUUAGCCUGAAGAAGAGAAGGCUGAGAGGAGACAUCAUAGCCACAUAUAGAUAUGUGAGAGGAAGUUAUAGGGAGGAGGGAGCAAGCUUGUUUUCUGCUUCCCUGGAGACUAGGACGCAAUGGAACAAUGGCUUCAAACUACAAGAAAGGAGAUUCCAUCUGAACAUGAGGAAGAACUUCCUGACUGUGAGAGCCGUUCAGCAGUGGAACUCUCUGCCCCGGAGUGUGGUGGAGGCUCCUUCUUUGGAAGCUUUUAAGCAGAGGCUGGAUGGCCAUCUGUCAGGGGUGAUUUGAAUGCAAUAUUCCUGCUUCUUGGCAGAAUGGGGUUGGACUGGAUGGCCCAUGAGGUCUCUUCCAACUCUUUGAUUCUAUGAUUCUAUUGUUUUUGUUUAUUGCUUUCUUGUUUUAUUGAUGCAUUGUUGGGUUUGGCCCCAUGUAAUCCACUCAAAAUCUCUUGGGGAGAUGGUAAGGUAAAGGUAAAGGUAGUCCCCUGACAUUACGUCCAGUCAUGUCUGACUCUGGGACUCUGGUGCUCAUCUCCAUUUCUAAGCCAAAGAGCCAGCGUUGUCCAUAGACACCUCCAAGGUCAUGUGGCCGGCAUGACUGCAUGGAGUGCCGUUACCUUCCCGCCGGAGCGGUACCUAUUGAUCUACUCACAUUUGCAUGUUUUUGAACUGCUAGGUUGGCA